UAAGUGUGGCAAUAAUUGAUAGUGUAACGGUAAAAAUACUUUUAAUAUUCUCUGUGAAACAUUUCGAAAUUAGCUCAAGUAAAAAAAAAUUCACAUUUAAUUACAAAAGGACGACUGAGCACACGGCACGCUUGUUGAUACGUUCAGUUACAAAAAGUGAAAUUAACAAAAAAAAAAAAAAAAUACAAAUUUUGGCGUUUUACAAAUUAUUUUAAAUACAUUAAAGCUGCAAAAUGCAUCACCCGAGCUCCAAGUCAUUUUUAAUACGAGAUCUGCUGGGAGAUUUAAUAAAUCGACCGCCGCCGGACAGCGACUCCGAUUUGUCCGAUGAGAACUCAGAAAUUGACAUCGAGGAUCGUUCCUCACCCGAUUCGGAUAUGCUGCACAGCCAUCACUAUGGAACGGCGGCCAAUAGCAGUGCGCAAUUACACUUUAUGGUCAACGAGUCCAGCGUGGAGUCAAAUCAGCAUUCACCAAAUGCGGAUGAGCGCGGCGCUCAUCGCAACACGAACAGUAACCCCAACGGCAAUGCGACAUCAAACACAAAUAAUCAAUUAGAAAUACAAACUGGACACAUGCAAACACACGGCUAUGGUGGAAGUGGUAUUGGCGGCGGUGAUCAUAUGCAUCACAGCAAGCUGGGCUUAAAUUUGAACAAGAGUGGACGCAAGCCACGCAGAAGACGCACUGCCUUCACACACGCGCAACUCGCCUAUCUCGAACGCAAAUUCCGUUGUCAGAAAUAUUUAUCAGUGGCCGAUCGCAGCGAUGUGGCAGAGACGCUCAAUUUGUCGGAAACGCAAGUGAAAACUUGGUAUCAGAAUAGACGCACGAAGUGGAAGCGUCAAAAUCAGUUGCGUCUCGAACAGCUGCGCCAUCAGGCGACGUUGGAAAAAGAGUUUGUUAGCGAUGGCGCUUCCGGCGCAACGCUGGGCUGCUGCCCGACGGGCUUGUCGACCUUUAGCUCAACGAAUCCGUGCAAUUUUCUUACUUCAGCAGCAGCGGCGGCGAUCUUUCGUAACGUUGGCUACGUGCACGGCUGCCCGCUGUAAACCAGCCGACGCAAUUAGUGUAAAUUUAAUUUAGCUAAGCGAAUUUUUUGUAUUUUUUCGUUUUUUGCUUUAAUUAAAUUGUAAAUAUGUGUUAUUCACUUUAAGUUACUGUGCAAUGAAGAAAUAUAUUUAUGCGAAAUUAAUUUUAAAGCAACGGAAAUUAAGAUUACUGUGCACAA